GCAUACUCCAACCACACCAACUCCUCUCCCUGUCUUCUCGCCCCAUUCAAUUCACACUCCCUUCUCCUCCACCGCUACUCACAUCACCCGCGACAUAAAUUCACAAUGGUCAUCCUCUCCGCGGCCAUUACCACCCGCUCAGGGAAGCCGAUUCUGGCGCGCCAGUUUCGGUCAAUGCAAAGAUCCCGAGUGGAAGCACUCCUCUCCUCCUUUCCCAAACUCGCAGACAACUCCUCCCAACACACGACCGUCGAACAAGACAAUGUCCGAUUCGUCUACCAGCCCCUCGAUGAGCUCUACAUGGUUUUGAUCACCAACCGGCAAAGCAACAUCCUUCAAGACAUCAACACUCUGCAUCUCUUUGCUCAAGUCGUCGGCUCAAUAUGUAAGAGCCUGGACGAGCGAGAGAUUACGCGGAAUGCCUACGAACUCCUCUCCGCUUUUGAUGAAGUGGUAACCCUGGGCUACCGGGAGAAUCUCACCAUGACCCAGAUCCGCACAUUUCUGGACAUGGAGAGUCAUGAGGAGCGGAUCCAGGAGAUCAUUGCGCGAAACAAGGAGCUCGAGGCUUCGGAGGAGCGCAAGCGAAAGGCAAAGCAGUUGGAAAUGCAGCGCAAAGAGAUGAGCCGAGCCGCACGAGCGAACAGCAGCCUUGGAGGAGGCAUGCCACGACAAAGCAAUUUCCCAACCUACACUCAACCAGUGACUACGCCGACCAUGCCAGACACCUACGACUCUUACGCAGCAGCCAAGAAUGAGAAAGUCGGCAAGCAGAUGCCCGUGCGUGGCAAGGGUAUGCAACUGGGCAAGAAGAACAAGACUGGCUCCAUGUUUGAGGCUGUGCGUGGCGACCUGGGUGCGGAAGCUGAGCCAAGUGCUCCCCUCGCCGGUGUGCCGACUCCCACAGCGGCUCCAGUACAAACUUCUCUCCCCGCGGCGCGACCAAGUCUCGACAAGGACGGCAUCCACAUCACCGUCGCAGAGACCAUCAGUGCCAAACUCAGCCGUGAGGGCGCAGUCGAGGCUUUUGACGUCAAGGGCGAUCUCCAGCUGCGGAUCACAGAUCCCAGUCUGACGCAGAUCAAGCUCGACCUAGCCGUUGGCGACAUCAAAGGCGCCCAGCUCAACGCCCACCCUAAGGUUGACCGGGCGCAGUUCAAGAACAACAACGUCAUUCAGCUCAGUGAUUCAGCCCGAGGCUUCCCCGCCAAUAAUAGCAUCCAAGUGAUGCGAUGGCGCGUGACUGCCAAACCAGACGAAGUACAAGACCCACCGAUCAAGUUCACCGUCUGGGCCUCGGAGCUCUCCCCGAACAACCACAGCAUUACGGUUGAAUACGAGCUCACCGGCUCCGACAGCCUGAAAGACGUUACCGUCACCAUCCCCUACUCGACCUCCGAGCCGUCCGUCUCGUCUUUCGACGCCGUCUACGAAGUCAGCGGCGACAGCAUUGAUUGGAAGAUUGGUGACAUUGAUGACACAAACGCCACGGGUAGUUUCGAGUUUGAAGGGCAAGCAGAUUCUGAGGGCGAUUUCUUCCCGAUGCAAGUGCGCUUCUCGAAGACGCGGCCGUGGGUGGACAUUGAUGUCGGAGCGGUGCAGUUGUUGAAUAUGAAGGAGGAUUUGAGCUUUGGCAAGGACGUGAGGAGUGUUGCCGAGAGUUACUUGAUUGUUUAGAUUCUGCAAUGGUCUUAUGUGAUGGAUACGAGCUCAGUGCAAAGCUGCAUGACGCGAGUCGUGAAACCUACUGGGAAAAGAGUUGAAUAUGGCGUGGAUGAUGUAUCUCAUGAUCGCUGAUAGAAUGGCUGCCGUCUGCACGUGAUGUCGCGAGAGCUGCAACGCGCGCUAAAGAAAGUCUAUUUGAUG